CGCCCAUCUUCUUCUUGAUGUCAGCUUUUGACACUGUUCAGAUAACAUGGACGUUUCCUAGAGACAAUAGUAUAACACCAUGUCUCACAUCUCAUAACUGCUCAAAUGAGAUUAUUAAAACCUUGCAAGAUUUGAGAUUGGAGUUUCUGAGUGUCUUGCCCAAACAAAAGGGUACUAUUUCAUCAAGAGGGAUCUUAAUUACCUCUCCCAAACUUCAUGAACAACUUUCAAAUGAUGCAUGGAAUUCUGACAUGGUCGUAGAUGGGAGUAAUGAGACAAUAUCAAAAUUGUUUGGAGAUUGGUAUUUUGAUCGAAGAAGUGUUCAAGUAGUAGACAAAUACCCAUGUCCCUACAAUUGUUCCUCAAACUUAGUUCAAAAUGACAAUAAUGGUGAUGAUAAAGGGCGGUCUUCAUCGAUGUUCAACUACGGAUUGUCCGUACUUAUCCUUCUGUUGAAUUUGU